CGGUGUCGUCAGCAUCAUCCUUCUCCUCACCAUAUUUAUCGCCAUAAUCAUCGUAAUUCUCCUCGUCGUCGUUAUCGUUGUUACCUACCGCCACUUUUUGCCAGCCACCCUACUAAUUCUCGCAACCUCUCCUCUCCACCGAGCUUCUAUCGAGCCUUACACACCCCCCCCUACCCCCGUGAUUCCCAAUCAUAGACAUGUUCGAUUCACAUUGGCCCGAGUUGACCCGGAAGAGGGUGAGGGAGGACGACGGAGAAGGAAAUGGCCAGAUUGGCACGAGAGAAGCCAUGAGCGGUAGUCUGGGCUUCACCGAACAUCGCAGUAAACGCCUCCAGUCUCUCCCCCUACGCACCUCUCCCGCACAGAAACGGUGGCCGGGUCCCCCGCGGUUCCCUCACGUUGGCGCCGUCACUGUCGCCGCUCCCACGACCAUCACUCCGACCGAUUCCGACUCGGAAGACCUGCAAUACCAGCAACAACCGAGUCCAGCUAUGGAUGUGGACCGGGACACGGACAUGACGAUGGACUCUUCGCCUCAGUAUCCCGCGCCCGACGCUCUCCGGCCCGAUCGCGUCGACCUUAGCGUUACCGGACGAAUGCCCACCCCUAUUCACUGCACCUUCGCCGCUCAAGUACGUGGAUGUAGCUGGGGUCCCAUUAACCACACGAUACAUCCCGGAGAUCGGUCCACCGUCGCUGCCGUGUUGGAGGAUGGCGUCGGCUUCGCCGCCGGCGGCCACUCAUUCCCGCUCCAACACGAUGACUCUUCCGUCCCUCGGUCGCUGGGCGGCGCCGAAUGGUCCAUGGUCCAGAACCGACGCCUUCCGUCACCGAUUAGCGAGAGCGGCGGCGAGGAAACGCCUACCAGCCCGGGCAUGGUGCUGGACUCACGAUUGCCCGCAAGCUCUCAUCUUCAGACGCCUCGCCUACCAACCCCCCACGCCAUGGCCAUCCACCCUAAUAUUCAGACCCUUCCGCCGGCUGCCGACGGCGACACUGGCAUGAUGGAUACCGACCCCACAUCCACCUCCACCGCGUCCGCUCCCGCGACGCCCUCGCUCAGAGGCAAAUUCGGCCAUUCGCGCAGCAAACACACGCUCAAUUCAUGGACCCUCCAACCCGGCAUGAAGAGGUCAUUCAGUAUAGGUUACCGAGCUGACUGCGAGAAGUGUCGGAUGAAGAUUCCGGGCCACUUCAAUCAUAUUAUCAUCUCCUAACAUGGAGGCGACGGGA